CUGCAACGUACACAGACGUCGUUCCGUGGAAUAAACACCAUGUGUAAUGAAAUUCUUUGAACUGUUCUUCCUGUUUCUUCUUCCCGUAUUAGUAGUAAUUUUAAUCGAUGUGUGUUUCACUUUUUUUUCUUUAUGUUUAAAUAAAACAUUCUUACAAUUUCUACCAGAUUUCCAUAUAAGUUUUCAUGUUGACUGUUAUGUAUUUUUCCUCAUUGAUUGGUAUUGGAUGAGACAUACAACUCAGACAAGUCAUUUUUAGUGCGUACGUGUCCCAAAACUGAGAAUGACUUUUUGGAACUUUCAUUGAAGCUUUUCACUACUGGUUCAUUGAACUAGACCCAACUCUAUCACAAUUGCUCUUCAAUUAUUGUUGAGAGUUUUGAAUAUUUGAAACUUGGCUCUCAAAUCAACAUCGUGUAAAAAUUGGCCCACAUUAUAACAUAAUUCAACUACUUCGAGUCCACGGAAACAUAUAUUGUACGUUAUUAAUACUCAAUGUAUACCAACAUAUUUCCAAGUGUAUUAAUAUCAUAACCCAAUGUAUUAGUAUUUACCCGGGAGUACGUAGAUUUUCGUUUUAUCCCUUUACAUUUUACAUGGAGUAUGCAUCUUUUCAUAUUUGUUAUACUGUAUUAAAGUAUACAAUUUAUUUCCUCACCACCAUACCACAUUCUUUAAUGUGCGCGUUAAAAUUAAGGCUUCUCCGGUAAAAAAAAAUGCUAUAUAUAUAUAAAUGCAAUUUUUUAAUUUUUUUUAUAGUAUUUAUUUGGCCCCAAGUGGAAAUUCCCAGGUUUGGCCCGGUUUUUUUUCUGAAAUUUGAAGAUGCUCUUAAGUGAAAAAAUAAAAAGUAAAAAAAGAUGCUCCUAGAACCACCUCAACUUUCGGAUAAUGAUCAACAAGACGACAGUACUUCUGUAACACCUCCUCUUCUCUGAGAGUACUACUUUGACCUACUACCAUGAAUGAUAAGAAAACAUUAUCAAAUUGAUCAUGUUUGACAUAUAUAAUUUUUUUUUUACUAUUCAAAAGUUUUGGAAAGGAAGCUCAUGGAUUAGGUCCACAAAGAUAGCCAAAGAAAGCAACAGAUUCUCACCACCAGUAGCAGAGGACAGCCACCUUGGAACAGAGUAAUCUACAAGAGAAGACUUCGAUGUCUGAAUAAAUAUGGAAUUUGUUUGAACAGAGACAGCAAAUGGGGACGAGAACGAAUUUCUACAAGAACCCUUCCUUUGCGUACAACAAAGACUUCAAUUUGAACUCUGUUCUUCAGAAUCUUAGAGCUUAUAAUGUUGCUACCGGAAACGCUCCUCCGGCUGAAGAACCAGUCCCCUGCAAUGACCGGAUCCGGCAUCGUAAACGCCGCAGAGAACCAAGGCCACUGCCAGAUCCGAACAAUGGAAUCGUCGAAGAGAAUGAUGGACCAAUGUCUCACCAAGAUUACAUUGACAAAAGGAGGAAGGAACUCAGUUCAUCUCUGGCUUAUCACCAAUUUACUGUGGAUGCUUUGGAAACUUCAAAUUCGGAGUUGCAAUUGGUGGAGUAUGAUAGUGAUAGAAGUACUUCCUCAGAAUGUAAAGAGAAGCACAAUCUUCCUGGUUAUAGUUUAACUCUGGAUCAUUGUGAAGAAAAGCAGGAUCCUCCUAAUUUUGGUAACAUGGAUGAAGUUGAUCGGGUUAAGAAGAGAAGUGAGCAGCGUUUUCCUGUUCCAGGAGAACCUGUUUGUGUGGUAUGUGGAAAGUAUGGAGAAUAUAUUUGCAAUGAGACAGAGGACGAUAUCUGCAGUAUGGAAUGCAAAGCCGAGCUUUUGGAGAACCUCAAGCUGCCUGAGGAGCCCUUAAGCAACCAGAGUCCAGUCGAAGACCCAGCCGGACAUAAAUGUGUAUUGCAAAUGCCUGAGUUUGGAUUGGAUACUUGGGAUUCUGACCGUCUUUGCUGGUCCAAGAAGAGAUCCAUCCUCUGCACUUACAAGUGUUGGAAAUGUCAGAGGCCUGGACACCUUCCUGAAGAUUGUUUGGUGGUGACAUCUGAUCGUCAAUCCCUUUGUAUAGGUGAAACAUAUAACCAGGUGGCACUAGGUCAGAAAAAUUCCACUUCCAUAUCCAGGGAUCUUCUUGACUUGUACAAAAGAUGCCACCAAAUUGGCAAAAACAUGCUAACUGCAAAGUGCAAUGCUUGCCAUAGGUCAUCAAGUUUGGCCACAUGCCUUGACUGCAGCAUGGCAUUAUGUGACAGUGCAGGCCAUUUGAGCGAGCAUAUCAGGGCACACCCCUCCCAUCGGCAAUAUUACUCCUAUAAGCUCAAGCGUUUGGUCAAAUGCUGUAAAUCAACGUGCAAGGUGACUGAUAUCAAUGAUCUUUUGGCUUGUCAAUACUGUUUUGAUAAAGCCUUUGACAAGUUCUAUGAUAUGAAUACUGCAACAUGGAAAGGAGCUGCACUUCCAAUCAUCUGGGGUUCUAUAUGCUGCGAGGACCACUUUGCUUGGCACAGGAUGAAUUGUUCAAAUGCAGGCGUGGAAGAUAGUGCAUAUAUUGUCAAGAAGCAUACCCAGAAUAACAAGUGUGUUGAGAUCAGUGACUUCAUCUUCUAAUGCGGUCAUGGAGGCUAGGGAAUCGGCCUUUGCUUUUUCAUGUGCCGUUAUACUUCCAUAUUCUGGUUGUGGUUGAAGAAUUAUUGAUCGAAGAAAUUUCAAAUCCGGCCGGCAUUCAAGGGGGUUCAGUUUGUCAAUUAUAUCUCAGUAAAUGAAGUUAAUAUGUUUAUAGAAUCACAUGUAGUAGUAGGUGUAGUAAACGAAGUGAGGAAAAGGGUCCUAAUUUUCAAUGCAACAUAGUUUUUGGUAUAUGCUCAAUACUGUCUCUUAACAUUAUAUUUGUGUAUGCUGUGUUGUAAUGCAGACCAAAUACUAAUGAAGUGUUUGUGGUUGUUAAA